AUGCUGUCACAGGAGCCUCAGUCAUCAGAGAAUGCCAUCAGCCCCACGCCACAGGAGCCAAUUCGACAUCGCGAAAAGCAAGACGACGAUGAACUGAGCCAACAUCGGCCAGAGACUACUCAAAAUGUUCCCAAAUCGGAAAAGGACAACACUGAGGCGUCGAGUGCGGAGUCAUCGGCCCAGAACCCGCCGUUGUCAAGCAAAGACUGUGUCAUCAAACGGUUUUGGAGCGAACAAGUCAGCGUAGUGGUGGAUUUUGAGACUUGCCGCGACCACUUAGGGUUCCGCAGAGUCGCACUCAACAUGUGGACGGCGCUUUCCUCGCUCGGUCACUGA